UCCUUGCAGCCUGGGUGCUUGGACCCCUGUUUGCACGUCUGCACGUCUGCACGUCUGCAUGUUUGUUUGCAUGUCUGUUUGCAUGUUUGUUUGCAUGUUUGUCUGCAUGUUUGUCUGCAUGUUUGUCUGCAUGUUUGUCUGCAUGUUUGCACGUCUGCAUGUUUGCUUGUGCUUGCACCACCACCCGCAGCAGCCGAGACCAGACGGGGCGUGACUCCAGACAAUGUCGCGCCCACCCUCGCAGGCCUCCAGUGCCGCCGCGUCGACGCGCCCCAGGGCAAACACGAUUCACCCGACAACCACCACGACCGCCGCGACCGCCGCGACCGCCGCGACCACCACCAACCCGCUGCCGGCCUCGCACGCGCGCCGCUUCGUGACCAACCUGCGGCUGCUGGGCUUCGACGGGCGCGACGACUGGCCGCACCCGACCGCGCAGACCUUUGCCGCCCGAAAUGCCGACCAGAAGCAGCGCAUUGCCGCCACCGAGUGGGCUCUCUUCCGCCUGUUCGACCUCUGGGACCCGGCCGAGACUGCGCAGAAGCUGCGCCCGUUCUUCCCGCCCCUCGAGCCGCUGCAGUCGCGCAACCUGCGCGCCGCCCUGUACCGAUGGCUGGCCGAGCUGAAGAAGACGGGCGUGCUGGGCCGCGAGGCGGUCCUGCGCAAGACCAUGCUGGACGAGUGCAAGGGCGACCGCUUCCUCGAGGUUCUGGCUCUCUUCUCCGCCGCCGUGCUCCGACGCACCCUCGCGUCGCGCCGGGGACGGAGCGGGCACGCCGCCAUUGCGCGGCGACUGGCCGCGGCAUCGACGCUUUCCGCCGACGAGCAGCGCGCUCUGCUGCCGCUUGCGGUCGCGCAUCGGGCCGCACUCGCCAGCGUCCUGCGUCGCAAGGACGACAAGCGGGCGCAGUUUGCCCGCUUCGCCGCGACGCUGCACUCCAAGGCGGGCGACAUCAGCAGGCGCACGCGGCCGUGCGACGGCGGCCCCGGCGCCGACAGGCCGCCCGUGCCGCAGCGGGAGGCGGACGCGCUCAAGCGACAGCUCGCGGACAACUGGAUCGGCGACCGGCAGUGGCUUGGCGUCAUGCUGCACGGCCAUCAGCCCCAGCCCGCCGACGCCUUCCUCGGCACCCGCUUCGACAGCGUGUGGCGCAUGGUCGGGCGCGGGCGACGCCUCGAAGACGCCGCGCCCGAAGCCAGCCUGCUCGACGACCUGCAGUCGCGCGUCCGGGAACAGCAGACGCGGCUGCAGAGGUGGACCGUGUUCCAUGAGCAGCUGCGCCGACACAACACAAAGGGCGCGUCGGCGAGCCCGAAGCCGCUGCCGCUGCCGCUGCCGCGUGCGAGCGACUUCACCUUUGACACGCACGCCCAGCACCAGCUGCCGUCCGCCAGGGAUGUCGAGCGUCGUGUGGUGCAGCGGCCGGCACUACCGUCGGCCUACCGCGACAUCUUGUCCGACAUGGACGCGGAGCUGUCGCGCGUGUCGCAGUCACACCCCCAGCCCGCGCCCGCCUCGCUCCGACGUGGCCGCGCGUCUUCGGGCAGCGCCGCUCGCUCUCCCGUGCGAGCGAGAGUGCCGUCGGACUCCUGGCACACGGAACCAAAGACGCUCGUCGGCGAGCCAAGGACGCUCGUCGGCGAGCCAAAGACGUUGGUGCGGGAGCAGAAAGCUCUGUUUGAAGGGCUGUCUGCUGCCAAUGCAUCCGCACACCCUCAGCGACGGCCGUCGGCAAAAGCCACACCCGUCGACUCGGACGCCGCUCGAGCAGGCCAGCUGCCGAGUCUGCGCAUCGCCGCGCCCCCGUCACUGCCCGCUGUUUCCCCGACCCGGCGACGCGUCCAGCACCCGCCCCGCGCCGAGCCCGCGCCCGUCCCCCACGGCCGCGCAGCGUCCUCCUCGUCCCUGCCCUCGGAAGACUCGGCGCCGUCCCUGCCCUCGGAAGACUCGGCGCCGUCCCAGCCAACGCCCUUUUCGGAAACCGCAUCGACGUCGCCUCCCGAGUACUCGCGCUCGGUCCCCAGCCUCGACAUUGCCGCCCCUGACCGCAACGAGCAACUCCUCGCCGACGAGAUCAUCAACGCAAUCGGCAACGCGACGCCCUCGCCCGUCAAGCGGCCGCAGCCCCGCAUGUCCCUGAGCCUGGUGGACCGCACCCGCAUGACACUCGGCCGCACCCCGAGCGUCGAGCCCCGCAUGGCACUCGGCCGCACCCCGAGCUUCGAGCCGGUUCACGAGAGCCCGGACCCGCUUCCCGUCGCGCCGCCCGCUGCUGCCGCUGACGCGGCGCUUGAGAGAACGGCGAGUCUGCUGGACCGCACGAGGCAGAGCAUCGCCGCAUCGAGCCGCCGACACGCAUCCACGACGAAGCAGCGCACCAGCAGGGAGUCCGUGGUCUCCGCCCAGCCCGAUGCUCCGUGCGCGUCGCUCGACGCGCUCGACGCGCUCGGCGACCAAGGCGGCAGCGGCACCCGCACGCCGCGCGAGCACCUCCUCGCCGCCGACAUUGACUAUGACCGCGUCUUCCGGAGCCGCCCGCGCAUCGCCACGAGUCCCGUCUUCAGCCCGGAAAAGUACGCGCCCGACGAGGACGAGGACAUCACGGGUAUUGAUCUGCAUGGUGUGGACGCGAGUGACACCGACGACGGCUUCUCGCAGACGCUGGACGCGAGUCCUAGUCAGCGGGUGAGGCGGGUGAGGUACUGACGCUGACGCUGACGCUGACGCUGACGCUGACACUGACACUGACACUGACGAGGAGGAGGAUGAGGAGGAGGAGGAUGAUGAGGAUGGGGACGAGGAGGAGGAUGAGGGGUUGGGAUUUGAGAAUGAUAAUCC